UCUAUGUUUUGGAAAAACUUUGGAAAAUUAAAAAAUUCGCAGUACUUUUUUGAGGUAAUUGAAAAACGAAAAAUAGGUGAACCAGUCAUUUUAGUCUUCUCUGCCGUGUAUUAAGUGUCGAGUGGAUCUUUGUAAUGAAUGUGUUAAAUUUUAAUAUAUCAUAUUUUAUACUACACCAUUUUAUACGAAAAACGAUUCUGUGCGGAUAUGGUCUGCCUAUAUUACUAGAACUUGUGGAUAAAUGUAUUGGUUCAAGGAUUCACAUUGUAAUGAAAAAUGAUAAGGAAAUAGUUGGUACAUUAUUAGGGUUUGAUGAUUUUGUCAAUAUGUUGCUUGAAGAUGUAACAGAAUAUGAAUCUACGCCUGAAGGAAGACGAGUCACUAAAUUGGAUCAAAUAUUGUUAAAUGGAAAUAAUAUAACUAUGUUGGUUCCUGGUGGUGAAAUGCCUGGAGAAUAACAUUUUUAUUGAAACAUAAAAUAAGUUGUAAACAGACAUAAUAUGUUAAACUAUUAAUAAUAAAUUUAAUGUGUACAUUUUUUAGCCUAUCUAAAUGUUCAAGUCUGAAAUAAAAUAAGUUACUCAUUAUUUUUAUCA